AUGAAGUUCACCCUUUUCUCCCUCCUCGCAGCUGCCUCCUUCGUGGCUUCCCAGGAGCUUCCUACCUGCGAGGCUGGAACCUUGAAGUGCUGUCGCGAUGUGGUGCAGUACUCCGAGCUGCCCUCGUACGUGCUGGAAUACUAUGGCAUUGACCCCGAGCUGAACGACGCCAAUGCUUGCUCCGACGGAAUUGAUCUCGUCGACGAAUUCGAUGUCGCCCGCUGCAAUGCCAACGGCGAGUCUUUGCAAUGCUGUGGCGCUUUCGUCUCUGCUCGGCCUCCGCUCGGCGACGACUCUAUCACUCUCAAUUGUGAGGACGUUUUCCAGUACUAG